AGAAUGUUAAAAAAUAUAUUCUGUUAGAUAAUAGUAAUUAAAUGUAUGUUCUCACCUAGUAAAUUUUUAUAUAUAUAAUAUGUAAAAUAAUAAAUACUAGUUAAAGAUGAGCAGUCGUGAUGGGAAAGGAGAAGAUCUCAAAAGCAUGUUAAUGUCAUUUCGGAUUGCUGAGCUUCAAACUCUAUUGGGAGCGUGUGGAAGAUCAAGAUCCGGACGUAAACAUGAGUUGCUUGGUAGAGCUAUAAGUUUAUUGAAAUCUUCAUCUGUUGCACCAAAUAGGGACAAAGUUCGUGCUAGAAUUUUAGAACUUUAUCAUCAGCGUUAUCCACCUGGUGGUGUAGAAUUACCAGAAAUAGCAUUGGGCAAUCCUAGCAGUUUGCAAACAUAUCCUGCUCAACCGUACAUGCAGUAUCCUAGAGAGGAAGAUGACGACUCUUCAAACUUUAUAAACAGAUCAAGCAAUUCAUACAAAGAUUUAUCACAUAAGACAAAAUAUUCAAGUGUUUUCCAUCAUCCUCACAAUAGUCAACAGCUUCAACCUACUUCAUAUACAUCUGCAACCUCUUUGCAUUCUCCAGUACCAAUACAUCCUGAUGUGCGAUUUAUUCCAUUACCUUUUUAUGACAUUAUUGAUGUUCUAAUAAAACCUACAAGUUUAGUUCAGAAAACAAUGGCUGGUUAUCAAGAAAUGAGUUUUGUUUAUCAUCUGACUCCAUAUCAAACACAACUUAUCACAAGUUCAAGAUCUUAUACUAUGAAAUCUAUCUUAGAAUAUGGCGUGCAAGUACAUUUAAGGUUUUGUCUGGCUGAAACUAGUUGUUUUCAGGAAGAUGCAUAUCCACCACGUUUGAAAGUUAUUGCGAAUAAUAAACCUUGUCUUAUACCAGGUCAGCCACCUCCAAAUGCACAAAAUCAAGAACCUCGUAAACCUCACAGACCUAUAAAUAUAACUCCUGUUAACAUUUCUCCCUUGCAAUCAAAUCAAUUUAGUGUACAAUGGAUGCCGUCUGAUGUUGGACAGAGAUAUACCACAACAGUUCAUUUAGUAAAAACUGUUCACUGUGAAACUCUUAUUCAACAACUAGCUAACAAACCAGAACGAUCUGCAGAACACACAAAAGCUUUUAUUACAGAGAAACUUCGACAAGAUCCAGAGAGUGAAAUUGCAUUAACAAGUUUGAAAGUUUCUCUUUGUUGUCCAAUUGGAAAAACACGAAUGAAAUAUCCUUGUCGUGCAAAUAACUGUCAUCAUUUGCAGUGCUUUGAUGGCGCAACAUACUUACAAAUGAAUGAAAGAAAACCUUCAUGGGUGUGUCCUGUUUGUGACAAAAAAGCGCAUUUUUCAGAUUUGUUUAAAGAUGGAAUGUUUUCAAGUAUUAUCAAGCAAUCAGUGGAUUGUGAUGACAUAGUAUUUUUUGAAGACGGGUCUUGGAGGCCACUCAAUGAAAUUCAAGACCUUCAAAAACCAUUAUCACAACAAUUACUAUCUACUCCAAAAUCAGCUAGUUCCAAACCUCCUAAUCUUGUUGAUUUUAACACACCAAAUCCAACCACUAUUUUCACACCUGUUAUAACUAAAUGCAAUUCUGAAAAUAUAGUUCCUGAAAUUCCAAAAUUAAAUCGAAUUGCAAAACCAGCUCAGAAAUCAGUAGAGGAACCAGAAGUUGAAGUUAUCUCUAUUGAUUCAGAUACAGAUGAUGAAACCACAAUCUUGCUUCCAACAAUGGCUCAGAGAAAUACUCAAUGCCAGAAAAACGAUUCUCUUCUUUCUCCACUAUCACCACCUCCAUCAUCAUCAUCCGUACAGUUUCAGGAUCCAGAAUUGCAAGGAAUGGAACUUUAUAAUCUUUUGCCACAUGAAGAUAGAAUUGCAGCUGCUAUGUAUCUUGAUCAAGUUGGUAUUCUCGGCCAACUGACAAGUAAUUCAUCAAGAAAUGUAACAUCAUCAACUAGUGUUAUUGAUAUUAGUGACGAAUAAUGCUUUCAUAAAAAGAUAUGUAGAAGCCAUUUAUUUAAGGACAUUUAUAGAAUAUAUUGGUUUAUGUUGAGAAACUUGAGUUUUAUUAUGAUGUAAUAUGAAAAAGAUUUUUAUCUUUUUUAUUUGGUUUAUAUUUUGCUUACUUGUAAAAAACUUCGAAAUACGUUUUCAUAAACGUUUACGGAGUUUAUAAGAGCACAAAUGUUUAUAGGUUUUUGUACAUAUAUUAAACUGAUGUAUAAAUUGAUUGUAUAUCAUCUGAUUAAAAAUAUGAUUUUUAAA